AAAAAAAGAUUAAAAUGUUAAAAAAUUAUUUAAUAAUAUUCCAAAUUCUUUUUUCAAUUACCUAUUAAUUCUGGGAAGGUGGUCAUAUGCUAGUAGUAUAAAUUGCUAAACAAGAAUUAAUUUCCAAAGACCCAUCUUUAUACUAAAAAAUAGAAAAUUUCGUCACAAUCCUAAAUCCCCUUUGCGAUUCCAGAAGCCAGACAUUUGUAGAAGCUGCAAGUUGGGCCGAUGAUAUAAAAGACGAUUCUAUGGACUUUUUAUUCGGCUGGCAUUUUUACGACAAACCUGAAAAUGAAUAAGGUUUAUAUAAAAUAUUAAAUCCUGAAGGUGAGAAAUACAACAGUGUUUCUGCUGUUAAGAGGGCUAAGGAAGAGUUAUUAAAAUAACCUUAUAUGAAAAUUAAUAACUAGUUUAAUAUAUCAUUGUAAUAGGCUUUUUAUAUGAGGUUAUUAAUACAUAUUGUAGGUGAUAUUCAUUAACCUUUACAUAAUAUUAAUAUGUUCAAUAGUACUUAUGUUGACGGUGAUUAAGGAGGAAAUUAAGAAAAUAUUUAUUUACCUGAUGGAAGUAAAAUAAUUCUUCACUCAUAUUUUGAUAGUAUUACUAGUAAAAAAGAGUUCGAUGUUUAAAGGCCUUUGAAAGAAGAUGGGGUUAAGGCUUUUGAAAAUUUCGGAAAAUAAUUUAGAGAAUAAUAUCCAAGGAAGUCUUUUGGAAAUAGGAUAAACUUAGAUAUAAUUUAAUGGGUUUAGGAGUCUUAUGAUAUUGGACAUAAACAGAUUUAUCCGUAUUUUUAUAAAAAUUAGAAUGUAACUAAAGAAUUUGAUUAAUAAAUGUUUAAUCUUUUGAAAGAAUAAAUAACUUUAGGUGGAUAUAGGCUUGCUGAUUUUUUGAUUGAUAUUUUUGAAAAAAAAACAUAAAAUGAAUUUUAGGAAAAAAUAAAAAAUAUAAGAUAAUAAAAUUCAUAGUCAUAAAGAAUUUGAAAUUUUUUAAGAUUAAUAUCAUAAAUGUAUGC